UAAAUAGGUGUCUCACAGCAUCACAGCUAAACCUACUUCCUUAGUUAACAUACCAUGAAUUCCAUCCAAGUUCUUUCCACCACCAUACUUCAUGCACCAAAUCAUAAUAUAUAUGCCUCCAAAGUUCGUACAAUCGAUCUAACUCCAUGGGAUUUACAAUACCUCCCAUUUGGAUACAGUCAAAUUGGUCUUCUUUAUCAACACAAUUCAGAUCUAGAUAGAAAAAAUCAAAUCAAACACCUUAAACAAUCUCUUACCUAUGCUCUUGAAUUUUUUCCAACUUUUACCGAUCGUCUCGAUAUCACAACACACGAAGAUAAUACUAUCUCUUGUUCCAUUAAAUGCAACAACGAAGGUGCACUCUUUGUCCAUGCUGCAACGAACAAUAUUAGUGUUGACAACAUCCUUCAACCCACUUAUCUUCCUUCUAUUUUUCAUUCAUUUUUUCCACUCAACAAAUUUAAAAACUAUCAUGGAACGUCACAACCAUUACUCGCGGUCCAAGUAACGGAGUUAGCUGAUGGCAUCGUUAUUGCCUGCUCAAUCAACCAUGUGGUCGUCGAUGGUACUUUGGUUUGGCGUUUCAUCAAUUCAUGGGCCAAAAUCUCAAAAGAAGAAAAACUCCACAUGCCGAAGUCUGAGAGAUUUUUUCAUUUCUCAAAAGAGAAUAUUGCAAAACUAAAAUCCAAAGCUAAUUUAGAGGCUGGUACAAAGAACAUAUCUUCUUUGCAAGCAGUUUUUUCUCACAUUUGGCAUUCUAUAGUACGUUCCAAAAACCUUGACCCACAAACAGAAGUGAGUUUUGUGUUGGAUAUAGGCGUUAGACCGAGGUUUUUUCCUCCGUUGCCAAAGGAUUAUUUUGGUAAUGCUGUGGUGAAGUGCGUGGUUACCAUGAAAGCUGGUGAAUUAUUGGAAGAUGGAGGGCUAGGUAAAGGUGCUUUGGAGAUUAACAAGAAAAUUGCUUUACACAAUGAUGAGAUGUUGAAAAAUCAAUAUGAAAAAUGGUUAAUAACGCCAAGUUUUAAUUUUAAUCGCGAUGAUAAUUCAUUGGUGAUUAGUAGUUCACCUGGAUUUGAUGUUUAUGGAAAUGAUUUUGGUUGGGGAAAACCUGUGGGAGUUCGAACCGGGGGUGCGAAUAAAAGAAAUGGGAAGAUUUUUGUGCGUGCUGGUGUUGAAGAAGGUAGUAUAAAUCUUGAAGUUUGUCUUCCUUUUGAAAAUUUAAAAGCAAUCAGAAAUGAUUCUGAGUUUAUGGAUGUUGUGUCUAGUUAAUGUUCUUUGUAAAUUCUAAUAAUAAUAGCCAUUUCUGUA